AUGGAGAAUUUAGAGAGUACUAUAAUAGAUAAAAAUAAUAAGAAAGCUUAGCAUAAUGGACUUCCUUAUGACAAAAAACCUUUUGGAGAAGUAGUUGUUUAAAAAAAAAAAAGAAAUGAACAGCUGAAAAUAAAAGGACUAUAAUAAUUUGAUAUAUCAAAUAAGCAUGGCGCUAUUUUAUGUGCUAAUGAUACUGUACUAAAGGUAUAUUAUGGUAAAAAUCUACAAAAAGAAGCAGAAAUUAAAUUCGAAAACGAGAUUACUUGCUUUAAAAUUAAUUAACUAGAUGAAUCUCUAAUAGCAAUAGGAUUCCGAAAUAUUAAUGAACUUCAUAUUUUAGAAUUAGUUCCUUUUAUUUAAUCUCACUUUAAGAAUUAAGAAAGUCUUAUUAAGUUUAGCUUCGAUGAAGAAUUCAACUAGAUAAAAUGGAAUUCAAUAAAUAAUAAUUUAAUUAUUAGGAAUUCCAAGACAAAAGCAACUAAUCAUAUCUGUUUAGCAGAAAGGAAGAUAAAUAAUUUAGAAGAAUCUGAUGCAAUAUGCUUUACUUUAAAUGGAUGUAUAAUAAAAUGUCUGGGAUAAGAUUAUAAGUUUAUUAAAAAUGAAAAAGAAUUAAAUGAUACUAUCGAUAUUUAAAUUGAAACGCCUAAAGAAUUGUCUAGAAUAGUCCAUAUAGAAGAGUAUUAAGAUAAUUAAUGGUUUGUUAUUGGCUUUACAAAAGAUGGUGACGAUGAUGAUGAGGAAGAUUCAGAAGAAAUGUAAGUUCAUUUAGUAGUUCUUAAGGGUGAUCCUGAAAACAUGGAGAGCAAAAGUAAAAAAGAAUCAGUAAUAAGCUUGAGUGGUAAUUUAUCAGAAUUAAAUAAAUACUUAGACUUUUUAGAAUUUAAGAUCGUGAGAGUCAGUAAAAAUAUUUAUACUUUGUUUUAGUCUGUGAUACCUAAUAGUGAGACAUUUUAGGUAUUAGAUAAUGGAUAAAAAAUCAAUUGUGAAGUAGAAUUAGAAGUUAAAUAAAUUAAAGGGUAAAUUAGAGGAGCUGGUUUUGCAAAAUUCUAAAUAGAUGAAGAUGAUUCUUUCUUACAGAUAAAAGAUGGUGAAACUUACUAUUACUAAUUCAUUCCACCAUGCUUGAUGGCUUUUGACUCUGAAUUAACUAUAUAGAAAUAUUAUUUCUGUCAUCAUUUAUCAAAAUCAUAGGAAUCUAAGAAAUAGCCUAAUGAUAUAGAAUAUAGGACUAUCUGUAUAGAUGAAUAAAAUUAACUUAAAGAAGAUACUGAUUAUAAACCAAAAGAAAAAGUAGAGUAAUAAAUAGAUAUUUCUGAGAAUUUAGAGAAAUAAAAUUAGGUAAUUUAGGAAAAUUAAUAAAAAGAGAUUCCUCCUAUGUAAUAAUAGUCUGAUAGUUAAUAAGCAGAGCAAAAAUAAGCUCCUAAUAGUGACUAAAAAAGCGAAAUUAAAUAGAAUUAAUAAAAGUAAAAAAUUGAGGAUUAAAAAAUUGUUCCAAUUUAAAAAAUCCAAGAGGAAGAAAAUUUAAUAAAGCCUGAUCAAAUUUAAUAUACAAAAAAGUUUGUUAAGUAAUUGAUCAGUAACUUUAAAGAUUACCAAUCUAAAACGAAGAAAAUUAUUUACACAAACUAAAGAUAUGCAUAUGACCACUCAUGUGAUAAAACUGUUGAGCAGCUUUACUCAUAUACAAAUCUCUAAGCAAACUACCUGAAAAAAGAUUUUGAUAAAGUUUUUAAAUAGUAAUCUAUCCACUGUAUUGAUUAUAUUUAUGAAAAAGAUAAGCUUCUCCUUUGUACCAAUGAACCUGAUGGAUUAUCUUAUAUAUAUGCAUUCUCAUUAUAAGAAUACACACAAAUCCAUGAAUUUAUUAAAAAAUUAGAAUAAGGAUUUGAAAAAAUCACACAUAGCUAAUUAAAACCAAAGGAGGCAAUUUAAAAAAAGAAAGCUCAUGUAGAAGAAUCCACUAAAUAAAUUCAAAAUGAAAUGAAUAAGUAUAGAAUAUUUUGCUCUAAAACACAAAUCGUUCAAAUACAUGUUGUUUACUCAUAUUUUCUUGCAAUAGUCUUUGCUAAUGGAGUUAUUUUAAAAUCUGUUGAUUCUCUACUAGCCUAAAUUCCUUAUAACUAAGCUCCUUUCGUUGCCCAAGAGUAAUCUUCACUUGCUGUCAGAUAAGUGAUUUUUAGUUAGUCAAAAAAAUAUUUUCUUAUUUUGACUACUGAUAAUUAAGUAAUUGUUUUGAACACCUUGACACAAGAACUCAAAUUCUAAAAAUCAGAUGUUAUGUUUGCUAACUUCUGCCAUGACAAAGAAAAUUUAAUCUACAUUUUAGAUAAAAAAUCAAUUUAAGUGUAUGAUUUCAUCAAUAAAAAAGAAGAAGGAAGUUAUAGUAAGGUUAGUCCUUAAGAAAAUCUAAAAGUGGUACAUUUUGAAGAAUAUAAACCUGGAAGCUUUUUCUCAGUUUAAUACUAAAUAAAUGUAUUAUAAUAAGAAUGUGAUUAAUGUAGUAAUCUUGGUUGUGAUUUUUGCAAAGAAUAUAAUAUAUAUGUCUUUUAGUCUAACAAUAUCUCUAAAUUUUAAUAAAUAUAGCUAGAUAUGCAACAUUCUUGGAGUACACGCAAUUUAAUACGUGACAGUUGUUUUGUGAAAUGCCAUUAUAAUCCUUAGAUUAAGUAACUUGCUUCUAUAUUUAAUUAAAAGGGUUCAAUAUUAAUUCUUAAUAUUGAAGAAGAUGAGUUAACAAAUCCUCAAUAUAAAGUACCUUAGUGGGCAUUACCUGAACAAGAUAUUUCAGGAUUUGUUUACUUCCCUUAUAGAGAAAAUAGCUAGAAAGAUUUCUUCUAUUACAAACCUAGAGACGAUUAGUAAAAGCGCACAUACUUAUUGCCUUCAAUUAUGGUUUUUUCAGGGGCUUUCCAUUUAACUAGAAUAUUUCUAUUUGAUGAAGGAAAAGCUAUUGCAACAGAUAUUGAAGACUAAAAAGCUUUGUAAAUACUUAGUUAAAGUAAUACUCUUAUCUCUAUUGAAGAGUACACCAAAUUAAUCAACAAUAAAAUUGAUAGCUUUACUUAACAUCCUGAUUACUAUUUGCUUUAUGAAAAAAUGGAAUAGCUAAAACAUAUCUUAAACUUUUUAGAAGAUAACAAUGUGGAAGAUAUAAUUGAAGCAAAAUUUUAAGAAGAUUUGAAUUAAAUAGAUAAGUAAAUGAAAUUGAUUAAACAGUAAAAUGAAUAAUUAAUAGCAUAAGAAAACAAUCUACGACUAAACAACCAAAAAGAGAAAACUCUUAAUUAAUAACCAUAAGCCAAACAACAAAUAAUUCAAAUAGAAAAUAAGAUUUAAUAAAUAGAAGAUAAAAAAGUAAGUAAUAUAGUAGAAAAUUAAGAUUUUAACCAAUAGCUAGAUUCUUAAAUGUAAAAAAAAUUGAAUGAAAAUGAUGAAGCCAAAAAAUAAAAAAACUAAUUACUACAAUAACUACAAUAAAAUUAACCAACUAAUUUUAAUUCUAUUUAAGACAAAGCAUAAAAAAUACUAGAUCUUUUCUUAUAAACUGCUCAGGAUUUAGUUGAAUCAAAUGAAAGAUUUAAAUCAUAGAUAGACAACAUCCAAAUUAAUUUUAAUUAAAGCGAAAAGAAUUUGAAUGAAAAUAAAGAGAAUAAAACAGGUAUAAAUCAAAUUGUUCAUUUUUCUGAAAAGAAUAUAACUAUUUUUGCAUACAGUAACUAACUUUAUCUUUAUGAUAAAAGUAAAAGCUCAUUAAUAUAAAUGAGUGAUUAAUCAUCAAACUCAAAUCUUAAAAAAUUUACUGAAAUUCAAUUUAUUUAGAAGUUCCCAUAGAAAAAUGAUAAAAGAAUGCAUUUAAUUGUAGCUUUAAAACAAGAAUAAAAAUUAAUGUUUUAAAACGGAGCUUAAAAUGGAUAACAAAACUGCAUUUUCCAUUUAAUAGUAGAUGAUAAUCCUUCUCGUUUUAAAGUAUAAAGAGUCGUCCAUAAAUAUGGGUCAAGGCUCAUAAACAAUAUUUCAACUUGUUAUGGAGAAGAUAAACUUUUAAUAACCUAUUCUGAUAACUUUGUUGAGUUACUUAUUGGAUAAGGAGAUAAUUCUGAGUUCAAAGUUAUUCAAUUCUGGAAGGCUAAUUUUGCUAUUUUUUCUAUGAUUGGAACAAUCUUUUUAGGUAAUGAUAAUAUUUUAUAAGAGCAUGUUUAUAUACUUCAUGAAAGUGGUAAUCAUGAAGUAUUUAUGCUAAAAGAAAUAAAUCUAAAUGAAAAAGCUGGUGUCAACUUCGUCAAGGUAGUAUAUAUGUACUAAUAUAACUCAGAGUGCUUUUUAGUUGUAGGAAUAAGCCAUUCUUCUUUCACACCUAUACCAAUUUUAUCAAGUACAUUUACUCCAGUAACACACCAAAACUAGCUUAAUUAUUAAAUUAGCUGUAGUAUUACGAAUAUAAGUUAGGCUUCCAUUUAAUUUAAAGCAAGUUUCUCUAAAUAAAUGAAACAACUUUACUUAUCUAACAAUUUUAGUAAUUCAGUAUAUGUCUUUCCUAUCUCUCUAAAUUAGAUAGUUCAUAAACCUUAAAUUAGCACAUUACAACUUCCUAACUUAAAAUUGAUUAAUGGAUUUUUCUAAUCUCAGUAAGAUGGUGAAAGCACUACCUAUGAAUAUUUUGAUUUUAGCUAAAUGAGAGGAUCCAAGAUAAAAUUCUCAAAAAAUAGUAAAUCCAUAUAUUAUUAAUUAGACUUUUGA